AUGGUAGACGCGAUACCCGGCGGUGCCAAUGGCCGCUCAGGCUUGGGCAGCCGUCAGGAUAGCGACGUCGAUGUCCUCUCCCGAGGUGGCACCGACAUGUCGCCGUCUUCCUCAUAUACACGCUUCAACGGCCUCUACGAUACUGCACGUCUCAAGGCGUACCUGCGCUCCCUCUUGCCCGUCCUCCUCGAUUCCGAUGCCGACAUUGUAUCUGACCUUCUCCUCGACACACCGGCGUGGAAGGAGCAAGCUUCCGCCUUCGCUGCCGAUCCGAGCAUCAUGGCCGCCUACGUCAACAAGAUUCGUCGUCAGGAUGUCUCUUCGGACGCCACCGAGCACGACCUCUUCGACUACCAACUAUCCACGCAGGCAUCCUAUUCAUCGCUCCACGUAUCCAGCAUCGCCCUCAUCAAGCGUGUCCCCGUGCUAGAUCCUGCAGUUUCGCUGCCACACCAGCUUCAUGUGCUCACACUCUCUGGUCCCGCUGCUGCUGCUGCAGCUGCUGCUGCCGCCGCCGCCACCGUUGCCUCGACCGAAGAUGGCGCACUCCGAUCACAGUCGGCCUCCGCAGGCACCGCUGCAGCCAACAACGACGGCGCCACCCGCGACGACGCUGACGAGUCCUUGGCUGCUUCAGCCGUCCGUGAAAGCCCCUACGAAGCGCUUCACAGCGUCGUUCACAACGUCAUGUCUCCGUGGUUCGAUGCCUUUGUCGCCAGCAAGGCGCCCAAAGACAAAGCGCUUCUUUCAGGUGCAAAGUCCAAGGACAGCGACACAAAGAUGGGCAUCCCCAUGGCCAAGCGCAAAUUCGCCGAGCUCGAGCUCAGCCUCUUCCACCUCCAGCAAAACGUCGACAUCCCCGAUAUCAUCCUCUCCAUUCAUCCCGCCGUGCGCGCCGCCGUGGACCGAUGCCACGCCGCCGGCACGCGUGUCAGCGUCGAAGCCGUCGAACCCGCAUCGCUCCUCCAGGACUCCUCCUUUCUCAACAAGCUUCAGGCCGACGUCAACUCGUGGGUCAAAGAGGUACAGACCAUCACAAAGCUCGACCGCAGUGUUGCCUCCGGCACCGCUUCCCAGGAGAUCAACUUUUGGCUCUCCAUGGAAAAAGCGCAGGAAUCCAUCGAGCAGCAGCUUCGUUCCGAUCCGAUCGUGCUCACCCUCGACAUUCUCAAGCACGCCAAGCGUUUCCACGCCACCGUCUCGUUCCUCGCCGACACUGGUCUCAAGGACUGUGCCGAAAAGACGCACAACUACAACCUCUUGAUGAAGGAUUUCCCCAUCAACGAGCUCCUUUCGGCCACAGAUCUCGACAAGUGCGCCGACGCGCUCGGUGCCAUCUUCAACCAUCUCAAUAAGAAGCUUCGAAUCAGCCCGUACCCCGUCAAACGUGCUCUGCCGCUCGUCGAGGCCAUCAGCAGGGAUCUCAACGACACCCUCCUCAAAGUGCUUGCCUCACAACGCAUCAUGUGGCAAGAUUUUCCCCGCUUCUGGGACACCAUCUCGGCCGCUGCUGAAGUCUUUUCAGUCUGGGACGAGCUCAUGAAGGACUUUGUCAACAUUGCGAGAGAGGUCACGCGCAAGCGCUCCGAAAAGUUCCUUCCCAUCAAGAUCAACCCGGCUCAUGCCAAGCUACGCGAACGGCUCAACUACAUCGGUGCGUUCCGCAAGACGCACGAGCAGCUGCGUGCCAUGGUCAGCUCUGGCAAAGGUCUCACCCUGCCCGGUACCGUCCACGCCGCAAAUGCCACUUCAAACGACAGGCAAGUGGCCACGCAGAACCUGGCAGGUAUCGAGAUGAGCGAAGAGAUUCGAGCCGCCUACGACCAGGUCAAGGUCAUUGACGUCCUCGACGUCUCCAACGAAGGCACCGAGAUCUGGACGACAGCCGAGGGCGCAUACAAUGAGCGCGUUGCGCGUGUCGAAAACAGCCUCAUCGCACGUCUGCGAGAUCUGCUCGGCCAGGCCAAGUCGGCGCGCGAGAUGCUUCGAGUGCUCUCCCAAUUCAACAGCCUGUUCGUGCGUCCCAAGGUGCGCGGUGCAGUGCAAGAGUACCAGCAGCAGCUGCUCAACAGCGUCAAAUCCGACAUCAAGGCGUUGCACGACAAGUUCAAGGCGCAGUAUCGUCCCUCGGAGGCAAACCACAUGAGCCAGCUGCGCGACGUCCCCGAGAUUGCUGGUGCCAUCAUUUGGGCCCGCCAGAUCGAACGUCAGCUCAACGUCUAUAUGAAGCGCGUCGAAGACGUGCUCGGCAAGGGAUGGGAACUCUACGCAGAGGGACAGAAGCUGCAGAGCGAGAGCGAGACGUUCCGUCGCAAGCUCGACACAAGACCGCUCUUUGACAGCUGGCUCCACGACAUCAACCGCAGAGACAUGAGCAUCGCAGGUCGCGUCUUUGACGUCACCAAGAACCGUGCCGCGGGCAACACCUUCCAGCUCAGCGUCAACUUUGACGGUCACACCAUCUCGCUGUUCAAAGAGGUCCGUAACCUCAUCUGGCUCAACUUCCAGAUCCCACACGCCAUCACCAAUCUCGCCAAGGACGCCAAGCGAGUCUACCCGCACGCCGUGUCGCUCAUGGAGACCGUUCGCACCUACAACCAGACCUGCAGCCUCGUGCGUGCCAACCCGGAGAUCACCUGCCUCAUCGCUCAGGUCCACACGGAUGCUCACCAGCUCAUCUCGCAAGGCAUGACGCUGCGAUGGGAGCAUUUCGCUAACAUCUACGAGAGCGCUCGUGCCGCCUCGUACUUGCCAGGCUCCAGCGGGGAGCCUAGCCGCGAAAACCGUCAGGUCGCCUUUGUGCGUCAAUUCGCCAGCGUCGUCAGCCUCUUUCAGGACAAGACGGCCGAGCUCAUCGAGAUCCAGCGCGAAAUGCAUUCCACCAUUGACGAAUUGGCCAAGUGCGAGUAUCGCACCGAAGCGUUUGCGCAGCGACUCCGAAAAAUCCAGGACACUAUCGACAAGCUCAACCUCGAAGGCUACCCCAACCUCGAAGAGUGGGUUGGCAACCUCGACAAGCUCAUCGAGGAGGUACUGCUGCGCAGGCUCCAGUCGGUCAGCAUCGCAUGGUGCCGCGCUUUCGUGCGUCAUGGCUCGAGCCAGAGUGGCACCAACGCCGGCUCCCUUCGUGGAGACCGAGCGAUCAAGAGACUCGCCAACGGUUCAGCUGGUUCUGCAGCUGGAGGUGCGGACGGUGCUGCAGCCGAUCAGAUUGCUCUGGAGCCCAUCACCCACGAAGUUCGUAUCCAAAAUCAAGUCAUCUUCCUCGACCCACCUCUCGAGAACGCGCGAGCCUCGUGGUUCCGACAGCUGCACGAGGUUCUUUCCGUCGUGUGCUGCCUCACCCGCGUCCAAAGCUCGCGCUACGAGAUCGGCCUCCAGAUGCGCGUCAAGCAGCAAGCCACGCAGCAAGACUAUACCUCACUGCUCACCCGCUUCCAGGAUGACUCGCUGACGCGUCCCUUUGUUCUCAUCGAGGCCAAGCUGGCAGAGGUCGGCAGCUACGUGUCCAAGUGGCUUCAGUUCCAGUCGCUUUGGGAUCUCGAGUCCGAGCACGUCUUUGCACGUCUCGGCGACUCGCUCGCAAACUGGCAGCAGCUCCUCGCUGAGAUCCGUCGCACGCGAGCUACCUUUGACAAUUCGGACACGCAGCGCUCCUUUGGCAUCUGCGUGAUCGCCUAUGACCAGGUACAGAGCAAGGUCAACGCCAAGUACGACACCUGGCAGCGCGACAUUCUCAACCGCUUCGGCACCAAGCUGGGCGCUGUGAUGCGAGAGGUGCAUGCCGCCGUCGCCAAGGCACGUGUCGAGCUCGAACAGCACAGCAUCGAGGGCAGCUCCACCGCGCAGGCCGUCACCUUCAUCACCUUUGUCCAGGAUCUGAAACGCAAGACCAAGGUGUGGCAACCCCAGAUCGAGCUGUUCGGUACAGGUCAAAAGACGCUCGAGCGCCAGCGAUACAUGUUCCCUCAAGACUGGCUGUACGUGGACCAGGUCGACGGGGAAUGGAGCGCGUUCCAGGAGAUUCUCAGCCGCAAAAACGCCAGCAUCCAGGAGCAGCUGGCUGGUUUGCAGAUGAAGAUCAUCGCCGAAGACAAGAUCGUCGGUGACAAGAUGACCACCAUCAUCAGCGAGUGGGAGCAGCAGAAGCCCAUCCAGGGCACGCUCAAGGCCGACGGUGCCAUGAACACCAUCAACGUCUUCGAGACGCGCGUCUCGAAACUCGCCGAAGACAGGGCGCUCGUCGUGCGUGCCAAGGAAGCGCUCGACCUAGAGCAUACGCAAGACGAUCGUCUCGAGCCCGUGUUUGAAGAGCUGCGCGAUCUCAAGACAGUUUGGACGGCGCUCUCGGGCACGUGGAGCCAGCUUGCCGAGAUCAGGGAUACCAAUUGGAGCAAUGUGCAGCCGCGAAAGCUUCGUCAGCAGCUCGACGGGCUGCUGGCACAGACGCGCGACAUGCCCAGCCGCAUGCGCCAGUACGCUGCUUUCGAAUACGUCCAGGAGCACGUCCGCGCUCUGCUCAAAAGCAACCCGGUCAUUUCUGAUCUCAAGUCCGAGGCGAUGCGCGAGCGUCACUGGCGAUCGCUCUUCAAGCAGCUCAAGGUGCAAGAUCACUACUCGGCCAGCAGCAUGACGCUCGGCACCGUGUGGGAUCUCGACUUGAAGCGACACGACACCAUCAUCAAGGCUGUCGUCGCUCAGGCGCAAGGCGAGCUGGCGCUCGAAGAGUACCUCAAGCAGGUGCGAGAGGCGUGGACCAGCUACACGCUCGACCUCGUCAACUACCAGAACAAGUGCCGUCUCAUCCGCGGCUGGGACAGCCUUUUCCAGCUCGCCGGCGACAACCUCAACGCCUUGCGUGCAAUGUCCAUGAGUCCGCACUAUAAGGUCUUCGAGGAGGAAGCCUCGCUGUGGGAAGACAGGCUGUCUAAGAUCUCGGUGCUCUUCGACACGUGGAUCGAUGUUCAGCGUCAAUGGGUCUACUUGGAAGGCAUCUUCACCGGCAGCGCCGAGAUCCGCCACAUUUUGCCCGUCGAGAGCUCGCGCUUCCAGAACAUCAACACCGAGUUCUUGACCGUGAUGAAGAAGGUGUACAAGUCGCCAUUCGUGCUCGACGUGCUCAACAUCCCUGGAGUGCAAAAGAGUCUCGAACGUCUCGCCGACCUGCUCAGCAAGAUUCAGAAGGCGCUCGGAGAGUACCUCGAGCGCGAGCGUGCCAACUUCCCACGCUUCUACUUUGUCGGAGACGAGGACCUGCUCGAAAUCAUCGGCAACUCCAAGGACACGGCUCGCAUCCUCAAGCACCUCAAGAAGAUGUUUGCCGGUAUUGCCAGCGUCGAGUUCGACGAGGAAGCGGGCAAGCUGACGGCCAUGGUCAGCCGCGAGGGCGAGACGGUGCCCUUCCGAACGCCCAUUCUUCUCAAGGAAUAUGCCAAGAUCAAUGAUUGGCUGGCCAAGGUGGAGAGCGAGAUGCGGAUCUCGCUUGCGGAGCUGCUGUCGCAGGCCGCUGCCGAGCUCGAAUCGUUCUACACCAGCACCGACUCGCUGACGCUCGACGCGUUCCUCGCGUGGAUCGCCAAAUACCCUGCUCAGCUCGUCGUGCUGGCCGUGCAGGCGCGCUGGACGGCGAUGGUCGACGAGGCGUUCGAGAGCGGCGCCGGAUUGCAGCAUCCGCUCGACGUGGUGCUGCGUGGACUCGAUCUGCUGGCGGACACCGUGCUGACCGACGUCGAGGCUCUGCAGCGACGCAAGUGCGAGCACCUGAUCACCGAGCUCGUGCACCAGAGAGACGUAAUUCGUCUGCUGAUAUCGCAGCGGGUCGCGGACGCCCGUGACUUUAACUGGCUCUCGCAGAUGCGCUUCUACCUCAACCGCCAGAUCGAACAGCCGCUCGACAGGCUCACGGUCCAGAUGGCAGAUGCUACGUUCCCAUACGGCUACGAGUAUCUGGGCGUCCCUGACCGCCUUGUCCAGACUCCCCUCACCGACCGCUGCUACCUCACACUCACGCAGGCGCUUCACUACAAGCUCGGCGGCGCUCCCUUCGGCCCUGCCGGUACGGGUAAGACCGAGUCUGUUAAGGCGUUGGGUGUCCAGCUCGGCAUGUUCGUCAUUGUGUUUUGCUGUGACGAAACGUUCGACUUCCAGGCGAUGGGUCGCAUCUUUGUCGGUCUCUGCCGAGUCGGAGCGUGGGGUUGCUUCGACGAGUUCAACCGACUCGAAGAGCGCAUCUUGUCGGCUGUGUCGCAGCAGAUCCAGAGCAUCCAGCAAGGCUUGGCCGACACGACAAGCGGCGCCGGGAACGCCGGGAACGCCAGCGGCAGGGAGAUCGAGCUGCUCGGCAAACGUGUUCCGCUCAACGACCGCGUCGGCAUCUUCAUCACCACUAACCCGACCUACGCUGGUCGAUCCAACUUGCCAGACAACUUGAAGAAGCUGUUCCGCAACAUGGCCAUGACGCAUCCCGACCGCGAGCUUAUCGCCCAGGUCAUGCUCUUCUCGCAAGGGUUCCGAACCGCCGAAACGUUGGCGUCUAAGAUCGUGCCCUUCUUCAACCUCUGCCUCGAGCAGCUCAGCCCGCAGCCGCAUUACGACUUUGGAUUGCGAGCGCUCAAGGCGGUGCUCGUGAGCGCAGGCCAGCUCAAGAGAGAGCACAUGCUCAGUGGCGGCGACGAUGCCGGAGAUGCCGUCGUAUCGAUCGACGUGUCCGAGCAGGAGAUCUUGAUCCAGAGCGUCAGCGAGACGAUCGUGCCCAAGCUCAUCGCUGAGGAUGUUCCGCUGCUCAAGAGCCUGCUUUCCGACGUCUUCCCAGGUGUCGAGUACAAGCCGGUGAACCUCGACGUUCUGCGCGGCCACAUCGCCGCUGUGUGCGCCGAGCGACAUCUGGUCGAGGGCGGUCUGUGGACGGAGAAGGUGCUGCAGCUCUACCAGAUCCAGAAGAUCUCGCACGGUCUCAUGCUCGUCGGACCGUCGGGCACGGGAAAGACACAGGCCUGGCAGGUGCUGUUGGCGGCGCUCGAGCGGCUGGAGGGACAAGAGGGCGUUUCGUACGUCAUCGACCCGAAGGCCGUCUCGAAAGAAAGCCUCUACGGAACGCUCGACCCGACGACGCGAGAGUGGAACGACGGCUUGUUCACGCAAGUCCUACGCAAGAUCAUCGACAACGUGCGCGGCGAGAGCGCCAAGCGUCACUGGAUCGUGUUCGAUGGCGACGUGGAUCCCGAGUGGGUCGAGAACCUCAACUCGGUGCUCGACGACAACAAGCUGUUGACGCUUCCGAACGGCGAGCGUCUCAACUUGCCGCCCAAUGUGCGCAUCAUGUUCGAGGUGGAGUCGCUGCGGUACGCUACGCUGGCGACGGUGUCGCGAUGUGGUAUGAUCUGGUUCAGCGAUGAUAUUGUGCGCCCGUCGAUGGUGUACACGAGGUACUUGACGGGUCUGCGUUCGACUCCCGUGGAAUUGGACGAUGACGAGCUGGCCAGCGCCGUCGCCUCACGCCGAGCUGCAGCUGCCACUUCGACAUCCGGAACAAGCGAGGUGAGUCCCGAUCUGCAGGUGCAGAGGGCCGUGGCGGACGCGUUGGCGCCCUUCUUUGAGGACGACGGUCUGGUCAACGGUGCGCUCGAGUUCGCCAGGACGGUGCCGCACAUCAUGGACUUCACCGAGGCACGUGCCUUGUCGACGCUGUUUUCUCUGAUUAACAAGACGGUGCGCAACAUCCUCGACUACAACACGCAGCAUCCCGACUUCCCGCUCGGUGCUGAACAGAUCGAAGCCUACACCACGCGGCGCCUGCUCGUGGCGCUCGUGUGGGCGUUUACGGGUGACGCGAAGCUCGACGUGCGUGCAGAGAUGGGCGAGUACCUGCGCAACCACGCGGGUGUCGAUCUGCCGCCUCUGGGACCUGGGGCGUCGUUGAUCGACUACGACGUCGGCUUUGCGGGGCAGACGGUGGAGUGGUCUUCGUGGCUCUCGAAGGUGCCAACGAUCGAGAUAGAUACGGCGGCGGUGUCGUCGGCGGAUGUGGUGGUGCCGACGAUCGAUACGGUGCGUCACGAGGAUGUGCUCUACUCGUGGUUGUCGGAGCACAAGCCGCUGAUGCUGUGUGGACCUCCCGGGUCGGGGAAGACCAUGACGCUGUUUUCGGCGUUGCGCAAAUUGCCGGAUAUGGAGGUGGUGGGUCUUAACUUUUCGUCUGCCACGACGCCCGAGUUGAUCCUCAAGACGUUUGAGCAGUACUGCGAGUACCGCAAGACGCCGAACGGGAUCGUGCUGUCUCCGACGCAGAUCGGACGCUGGUUGGUGCUGUUCUGCGACGAGAUCAAUCUGCCGGCUACGGACAAGUAUGGGACGCAGCGGGUGAUUUCGUUCCUGCGCCAGUUGGUGGAGAGCGGAGGGUUCUGGAGGAUCAGCGACAAGGCGUGGGUCAAGUUGGAGAGGAUCCAGUUUGUGGGGGCGUGCAAUCCGCCGACGGAUCCGGGACGUGUUCCGUUGAGCCACAGGUUUUUGAGGCAUGCGCCGCUGAUCAUGGUGGAUUAUCCGGGCGAGAUCUCGUUGAACCAGAUCUAUGGGACGUUCAACCGGGCGUUGUUGAAGGUGACGCCGAAUUUGAGGGGGUAUGCGGAGGCGUUGACGGGGGCGAUGGUCGACUUUUACCUGGCGUCGCAGAGGAGGUUUACGCCGGAUAUCCACGCGCACUACAUCUACUCGCCGAGAGAGUUGACGAGGUGGAUGAGGGGGAUUUACGAGGCGAUCAAGCCGUUGGAGAGUCUCAGUGUGGAGGGGUUGGUGAGGGUGUGGGCGCACGAAGGACUGAGGUUGUUCCAGGAUCGACUGGUGGGGAUGGAGGAGAAGACGUGGACGGAUGGGGAGAUUGAUCGGGUUGCAGCGGUGCGCUUCCCUACCUUGGAUACCGGGUCGGCGCUGGCGAGGCCGAUCCUGUUCAGCAACUGGUUGAGCAAGGAGUAUCGCUCGGUGGAUAGGGAGAGCGUGAGGGAGUACGCAAAGGCUAGGUUGAAGGGGUAUUCGGAGGAAGAGUUGGAUGCGAGUCUUGUGCUUCACGAUUCGGUGUUGGAUCUGGCGCUGUCGUGCGACCGCGUGCUUCGACAGCCGGCGGGGCAUCUCUUGCUCAUCGGAGCCUCGGGGUCGGGUCGAACCACCGUCACGCGCUUCUGCGCCUGGCUCCGCGGUCUCUCGCUCUUCACCAUCAGCACAUCCAACAAGUAUACCGAGGAAAACUUUGACGACGACCUGCGCUCGCUCCUCCGUCGCGUCGGUUGCAAGGGAGAAAAGGUAUGCUGGACCAUCGACGAGUCUCAGAUGUCCAACGCUGCACGGCUGGAGAAGCUCAACACGUUGCUGGCGAAUGCCGAGGUGGCGGGAUUGUUCGAGGGAGACGAGUACAGCAGUUUGAUCAACCAGUUGAAGGAGGCUAGUCAGAGGGAAGGGUUGAUGCUCGAUGCAGAGGAGGAGCUCUUCUCGUUCUUCAGGGGCGAGAUCUCGCGGAAUCUGCAUGUCACGUUGACCAUGAACCCGCCCGAGGGGGGGACGGGUGGCAAGGCAGCAGCUAGUCCAGCGCUGUUCAACCGAACUAGCAUCAUGUUCUGUUGGUAG